CAGACUCCCAAUCAGAUUCAAUCACGCGGAUGAAGGCAUUGUCAAAAAUUUCUCUCUCUACAAAGCCGUUACAAUAACUUUUUCGUUUUUCCAUAUUUGUCUCUCAAUUUAAACCGACCUUAAUCCUUCCGGUGGUCAUCUGUGAAAGGUCAGCGCCUCAUCCAAUAACUUUCAUUCCCAAAUUUCUCUCCCAAAAUCAAAACCCUAAUUUCUAGAGACUUCAAAUUUUAGGUUUCUAUCUUUAGGUAUUUCUCGCUAGAUCUGAUCGUAUCUCUGAUUGUGAAUUUCUUGAUUGAAGAGAAAAGAUGGCUCGUACGAAGCAAACCGCUCGCAAAUCAACCGGAGGAAAGGCUCCCAGAAAGCAGCUCGCCACCAAGGCUGCGAGGAAAUCUGCGCCUACAACCGGCGGAGUCAAGAAGCCUCAUCGCUACCGUCCUGGAACCGUUGCUCUUCGUGAAAUCCGUAAAUACCAGAAGAGCACAGAGCUUUUGAUCCGCAAGUUACCCUUCCAGCGCCUUGUUCGUGAAAUUGCCCAAGACUUCAAGACGGACUUGAGAUUCCAAAGCCAUGCGGUUCUGGCACUGCAGGAGGCUGCGGAGGCGUAUCUAGUUGGUUUGUUCGAGGAUACCAAUUUGUGUGCUAUCCAUGCCAAGAGGGUCACUAUUAUGCCCAAGGAUAUUCAACUCGCCAGACGAAUUCGUGGGGAGCGUGCUUAAUUUUGCUUGAAUUGUUUCUGUUUUCUAUUCAUUAACUACGUUACGUGUUGUGCUCUUUUUGUGAGUGGAUUGGAUUCUUCUUAAACCAACUUACAUAAAGGUUUAAACGAGUUUCGUUUUUAAUUAGAAUGUCCUGGGAUAAUUGUAGUUGUCCCAAUCGAUUUUCUUUUCAAA